AUGCAAGCGGAGGCUCUGAUAUCAAGAGCUAACCGUUUGACAAGUACGUCAUUCGCACAAAGUAACAGAAAGUUUUGGAAAUAUGACUGGUUGACACCUAGACGGCCUCUACAAUCACAAUCAUUGGAUAAAACUGCUAAUUCAGAUAAUGUUGAAGAAGACAAAUACUCUUUCCAGUAUAAAACAUGGCAGCCGGCUGAAAAUAAACAAUGGGAGGACCUCGACGAUAGCACUGAUGACGUUCUCGAGCUUACCUUGUACGAUCGAACUAGGAAGGUUGACAACAUCGGCGAAACUGGUAGCGCUGCCAACGGCGCUGAGACUACUGAUGGUCUAACAGUGGAUGAUAUUAGAGGUGCGGUCGGGGCAGAGGAAUCAAUUCCUGGAUUUUCAAGCUCAGAUGCGGCGGCCGUCAAAGAAAAAGAGACUGCUGCGACUGGUUUAUCUACUGAGCCUGAAAUAUCUAACAAUUCGGAAAUUCAAAGCUCUGAAGACCAAAAGGCUAACCAAGACGCCGAUGGAGACGUUAAACUAGAUUAG